UUCUCUAUAAAGAAGAGGACCGACCGUAGAGUUGAGUCCGCACAAUAGCUCAACAAGAAAUGAAAGAAAGCUUAAUGGCCAUGGAGAAGAGAGCUCACGAUGACGUCUCUAAUGGUGAUGAUCAUCUCGAAGAGCUGCUCCCAACGGUUGAAAACCGAAGUCCAAUGCGGAAGGAAAACGAUCAAUUGAAGACAUCUUCUCCCCACCGGCAACUGACAAUAUCAAAGAUCGAAAAUUCGCCCUCCGAACCCAAUCCGUCACUGUCACCUUCAAGAGGCAUAGAACAGGAUGACCAGAUCGAAUCGGCCCGAGCAGAGAUGGGUGAGAUGAGGGAGGAGAACGAGAGGCUGAAGAUGUACUUGGAGCGCAUAAUGAGAGACUACAAAGAACUCCAGAUGCAGUUCUUCAACAUCGUUAAGCAAGAAGAUGGAAGGCAACAGCAGGCGGUUAAUCCCGGUUCCGGUGCUCACCAGGAACUUGAAGAAUCGGAUCUCGUCUCCCUUAACCUUGGAUGGGUUUCCGGUUCUUCUUCUGUGGGAAAGGAUAAGAAAAGAAAGUUGUCCGCUCUAGAGAUUAAGGAUCAGAAAAUCAAUGAUGAUCAGCAAGGGUUGGCGCUUUCUUUGGACUGCAACUUCGAAGCGGCUAAGUCGGGAACAGUGGAAUCACUGGCAAAAAAUAUGAACCCCGAGAAGGAGAACAGCUCCGAGGAUCCGAAGGAGGAUGCUGGGGAGAUGUGGCCACCGAGUAAAGUUCUCAAGACCAUGAGAAGUGGAGAAGAUGAGGUUUCUCAGCAGAACCCGGCCAAGAAAACUAGAGUUUGUGUGAGAGCGAGAUGCAAUACCCCGACGAUGAACGAUGGAUGCCAGUGGAGAAAAUAUGGACAGAAGAUUGCAAAAGGAAAUCCAUGCCCUCGAGCCUAUUACCGUUGCACAGUUGCGCCAUCAUGUCCUGUAAGGAAACAGGUACAGAGAUGCGCGGAGGACAUGUCGAUUCUGAUAACGACAUAUGAAGGAACACACAACCACCCGCUUCCGGUUUCAGCCACUGCCAUGGCCUCCACCACAUCGGCGGCUGCCUCCAUGCUUUUAUCGGGCUCAUUGACCUCCGAAUCCAGCCAAGCUGGCAGCCAGCCAAUUGCUGCGGCCACUGACCUCCACGGAUUAAACUUCUAUCUCUCCGACCCUUCAAGAUCGAAGCAAUUCUACUUGCCCAAUUCAUCGCUCAUGACACCUUCACCUUCCCACCCGACAAUCACCCUUGACCUUACUUCAGGCCCACCUGUAUCGUCCUCCGCAUCAUCUUACCUCAACCGGUUCUUUUCCGCUACUUCAAGGUCCAACUCAUCCACGAGCUUAAACUUCCAUUCGUCCGAGCCAUGUGCUCUACCGAUCCCUUGGGGUAACGGGUUACUUAACUAUGGCACAACGAGCCAUCAACCUUUCAACAAGAGCGACCCUCAAGAAAGCUUUCUUCACCAUCUUCCCUCCUUGCAAAAGACAAACAAUAACCCGCAAGACUCCAUAGCUGCAGCGGCCAAGGCAAUCACGACGGAGCCGAACUUCCAGUCUGCCCUAGCUGCUGCCCUCAAGUCAAUAAUCGGCGUUGCUGGGAGUGCUGCCGGUGGAACCACGCUGGCUCUUGGAAACUAUCAGGGAGGCUCCGGUGUGGAUAUUUUCAGCCAAAAGUCAAGUUGGAAUGAGAGUUUCUGGCCUCGGGCCGAAAUAUCUAUGGACCAACGCCACAAGUGAACGCGUGUGGAUCGAGCUAUCUGAACAAGUCGGGUCCUUCAGCGAACUCUCAUCAUCAGCCGGCUGGCUUAAUGUUUCCACAAAGUAAUCCAAUUUCAUUGCCAUUUUCCUCCUUGAAGCCGAACGCGGCGGCUGCAUCCCCCAGCGGCGACAAUCGAGACUGCAACAGCUUAUAAUUAGGCAUUAAAUUUUUUUUUUCGGUAAGUCAUUUUAAAGCAUUUUAAAUGUAUAGAUUUUACUAAUAUAUCACGAAUUGUUGACUAGUCCUGAGUCUCCAUUUGUAAUUUUGAUUCGUGGGAAUUGACUUUUAUUUGAGAAUAGAUAAA